AUCAUCAGACAACUGGCCAUCGGUUUGGUCGAUACUAUGGCCGGAUUGACAGGCGGUGUGGCCAACGUUAUGGUCGGACUACCGUUUGAUACAAUGAAAGUAAAAAUGCAAACAUUUCCUCAUUUGUAUACUAAUACCAUGGAUUGUAUCAAACAAACCAUUAAAAAGGAUAGUUGGCGCGGUCUAUACGCUGGUACCGGACCGGCACUGGCGGCCAGUCUAUCGGAAAAUUCCGUACUAUUCGGUGCCUACGGUUUAUGUCAGCAAAUGGUCUGUCAUUUAAGACAAACCACUUCAUGUCAACCAAUUGAUUACGCAAUCGCUGGUUUUUUCGCCGCCUUUUUCUCAUCGUUUGCAUUGUGUCCGACGGAACUCAUCAAAUGUAAACUACAGGCGCUCCGGGAGACGGGUCUUAAUACACAUAUUGGACCAAUUCAAUUGACUCGACAGAUACUCCAGGUUGAGGGCAUAGCCGGUAUGUACAGAGGUUUGACGGCAACCAUAGCCCGCGAAAUGCCCGGAUAUUUCUGUUUUUUUGGCGGCUAUGAAUUGGCCAAAAAGUUUCUAUUAGUCAAUACAGAGCCGACUGAUGUCAAAAGUUUAGGAUUACUAAAGACAACAAUUGCCGGCAGUUUUGGUGGUAUGUGUCUGUGGUCAGCGAUAUUUCCCAUCGAUGUCGUCAAAUCGCGCAUUCAAAUCGGCGGCAGUGGAAAGUCGUUUACCGUCUUAAUGGCCGACAUUGUGCGCCGGGAAGGCCUAACAGCGCUCUAUAAGGGACUGACACCGACUCUGGUGCGAACCAUACCGUCGUCCGGCGCUCUGUUUGUUGCCUAUGAAAACACCAAACACUUAUUGAUGAAAGUUGUGGACACUGUUUGA